AGCUCCCGUCUCUGUUCGUGACUCAGGUCUUCUGAUCCAAUCAGCUGCCAGCUCCUGGGCUCAGGCCCCGCCCCUUGGCUGCAGGCUGUGGUGGAGUGAUCUGAUUGGCUCUGACUCCUCUGGCCAAUCAGCUGUCAGGAUGUUCCUGCCAAUGUCUGGCCUGUCUCACCUGGUUGCCGUGGUAACGCUCUCUCGACGAAACCCGAGCAGGCGUGGCAGCCGGCCGUCACCUGAGCCGCUCUGAAUGUUUGAUGCGUUCCAUCAGAGAUCCUGGAACACCUGAGCAGAACGCCGCCGCCGCCGCCAGAGGAGGAGCGCCGCAACGCCGCAGGUAACCUGGAGUCAGCUGGAAACACCUGGAGACACUUGGCAGCUUCUGGUUCUGCUGGGUUCUCAGACUCACCUGACCAGCUUCAUGUUGGUUCUGCUGGUAUUCCCAACCAGUGACCUGUUAAUUUUUCUGUGGAGCGAAGAAGGUUCUGGUUCUGGAUCUGGUUCUGGAUCAGCCAUGGGGAUCUGAGGCUGGCUUCUUCUUCUGGACGUUCAGGCCCGGUUCUAAUUUCCGUCGUUCAGGAUCCAGAGGUUUCUGCUCCGGUUCUGCUGGCAGAUCCGGUCCCGUUAGAUCGGACCUGCAGGAACCGACAGAGCUGAAAUCAGGGCCAGCUGGGCUUGCUGCUGGGAGCAGAAAGUUCUGUUGUGACCCGCGGGUCACUCAGAGUCCGAUUCGGUCCAGAUGGUCCCCUCCGUUCUCUCAGUAGGAAGUCUGAAUCUGAAAGGAACCAAUAGAAACGAUGCAACUAGCCAGGGGGCGGGGCUAGAGGGCAAGUAUCCAAUGGGAAACCAGGACCAGAACCGGAACCAGACCAGAACCAGAACCUUGACCUCUACCUGGAACUUUUAUCCAAUCAGAUUGUUUGGCUCGUGGAUCCGGCUGAUCUGAUUGGCUGCCAGUGUUCCUGAGCUGCUCUGUGGCGACCCCUGCUGGAUCUGUAGAAUAACGUCUUGAUACAUAUCUUUGUUUUUUUAUUUUUCUGUCGGAUAAACUUCAGAUUCAGUUUCUCCGCUGAGAAACGUUCUGGAAAUGUGGAGCUGAAACCAGAGGAGGAAGAAUGAAUAUUAAUUACUAUUAAUUACUAAUCCAUCGGUUAAAAUGAUUGCGUCUGUUUAAGAUCAGCUGCUUACUGAUUGGUCCCCUCUGGCCCCGCCCACAUUUCAUGAACUCUGAGGCUCAGCUUCUCAAAAGUUAUUGAUUCUCUUAAAUAAUUCAGUUAUUUGAUGUGAGCUCAGCCUGGAGGGAGCCUCACUGAGCAUGCUCAGUAGCGUUGGCGUGGUCUGGUGGCUCUGAUUGGAAAUGGGGAAACUGGAUCAGUCCCAGUUUGUUCCUGGAGUUAGUGGGAAAGGUGUGACAUCACCUGCUGUUCUCAACUGGGCGGAGCCACAGUGAUGUCACAGCGGUCUGCAUCAAGGUGUGACGUCACUUCCCUCCAGGUGAUGAACCAGGAUGUCAGACGGGAAGCAGCGCAGUCUGUCCACUUCUGGAGAAUCUCUGUACCAGAUCCUCGGCCUGGAGAAAGGCUGCAGCCAUGACGACAUCAAGAAGUCCUACAGGAAGCUGGCGCUGCGGUUCCACCCGGAUAAGAACCCGGACAACCCGGAGGCGGCGGAGAAGUUCAAGGAGCUGAACAACGCUCACUCGGUGCUGGCCGACCUCAGCAAGAGGAACAUCUACGACUCGUACGGCUCCCUGGGGCUCUACGUGGCGCAGCAGUUUGGAGAGGACAACGUCAACACCUACUUCAUGCUGUCCACCUGGUGGGCCAAGGCUCUGUUCCUGCUGUGCGGCGUUCUGACCGGAUGUUACUGCGGCUGCUGCCUCUGCUGCUGCUGCAACUGUUGCUGUGGGAAACUCAAACCCACUGCUGCGGGCGAGGGGGCGGAGCCAGAGUACGUCUCCCCUGACGACCUGGAGGAGGAGAUUCGCAACAAUCCUGACAACGAUGUAGAGACACCGACCGUCCAGCAGCCCAGCAGCGCCAGCGAGAAGACGCAGCUGAUUGGUGACGGCCACCGCAGAUACGGAGACACCUACACCUGAGAGGGCAAGCAGACCCCAAGCCCCGCUGACCCCAAGCCCCGCUGACCCCGCUGACCCCAAGCCCCGCUGACCCCGCUGACCCCAAGCCCCGCUGACUGGAACACCCAAAUGUUCUUCACCAAAGACACCAAAAUGUCUCUGACGUUCCAAACAUAAAACCUGAUGAACAUUAAAACAUUUGAGACAUUUUCAACUUCAAAGCUUCAGUUUGGAUCUUUUAUGAAAUCACUUCAAUCCGUCUCCAUGUUGUUACUUUGUUAUGAGGCAGAUCAUCUCCUCCAUCAGCUGCUACUGCCAGCUGAGGAAAUGCACCAAAAACAACCAAUCAGAGCCAGGAGGCGGGGCCCAGUGCUAUAAAUCACCUCAUGUACCUGCUGCUAAAUGUGCUAAAGGCGGAGAAACAACUCACUGUUACAGCAAAACUGUUUAUCUGCCGUCAUCAGUUGCUAUGCUAGCUAGUCUAGCAUUCAUGACAAGCUGUGCUAGCAGCAUAGCAGAGAACAAGGAGGGGAAGCAGGCACAACUAAGAGUGAUUGACAGCAUCAAGCCCCGCCUCCAGGCUCUGAUUGGUUGUUUCCAGUUAGCACUCAGAUUAUCUCUCAUAAACUGUCACCACAUAGACAGUUUUAACAAAUAUGUAAAAACAAUAUUUGAUUCAUAAAAGUUACAAACUGCAGCUUUAAGAGAUUUGAGACAAUACAAAGACUGAAACAUCUCUCACCUUCCACCCCGCCGACCUUUAACCCUAAACCCUGAAGCAGCUGCAUCCGGGUCUGAACAGAACCCGCCUCCGUUGGGGAUGGUGACUUCCUGAAGCUAACCAAACUCCUGCUCUGAUUGGCUGUUUGAUGAUGAGUCAACCUGGAGGAGGAGCUUAAACUCUUUGUUGUGUUGAUAUGGAGACAGCGGUGGUCACGUGACCCGCUGGAAGCUCCGCCCCUCCGUUUGUAUGCUAAUAAAGGACUGAAGUGUGA